AUGGCUGCUCAAUCCUCCAUGGGCCGCCAGCCCACUCGCUCGGCCAGCACCCACCCGUCGCAUUCACACAAUGUGCCUCUGAGCGCUCGCAGAUCAGCGCCUCUGGACCUUUCCACGGUUGAGCGGCGCGGCCAACCCAAUGCUCCCCGCGAACCCUCCAAGCGCGUGCGCCCUCACGGCUUGCCCGAGGCUCCGACAUUUCGGCCAACCGAGGAAGAAUUCAAGGAUCCCGUGGCAUAUAUUCAAAAGAUUGCGCCGGAAGGAAGGAAAUAUGGGAUCUGUCGAGUGAUCCCUCCGGAGAAUUGGCAGCCCCCCUUCGCCAUUGAUACAGAGCGAUUCCACUUCAAAACCCGUCGACAAGAGCUGAAUUCGGUUGAAGGAGGUAUGGCCCCGCGUUCAGACCAUGUUGCUGCCGGUGGAGUCUCUCCGCAGCGCGGUUCUAACCUAGAUUCUGACUCAGGAAAUCGCGCCAACAUGAACUAUAUCGACGGGCUUGCCAUGUUUCACAAGCAACAUGGGACGAAUUACAGUCGGCUACCGAGCGUGGACAAACGCCCUCUGGACCUCUACAAGCUGAAAAAGGCUGUUGAGGUCCGAGGUGGAUUCGAGUCUGUGUGUAAAACUAAGAAAUGGGCUGAAAUUGGACGUGAUCUCGGCUACAGCGGAAAGAUCAUGUCCUCUUUAUCUACCUCGCUCAAAAACUCUUACCAACGGUACUUGCAACCUUAUGAAGAGUACCUCGCCCGCGCCAAGCCUGGCGUCCAGCAACAGCUCGAGAUGGAACAUGGUGGCCCUUAUACCCCGUCUCCGUGCCAAUCACCCAUGACCAAGAAGCCCGGGAUGGAGGAGAAUGGAACCCCGUCCAUACCUCGCGAUGGAACACCAUCGAUGCGCAUGGCACCCGUGAUGAGCAGCACCCCGAUCGAAAAGCCCGUUGAUAAGCCCACUCCGUCCGUGGAGCCCACGCCUCCUCCUGCCCCUCGCCCAGCUCCCUCUGGCUUUACUCCAGUCAAUGCCGGUGCAGGUGGUUUCACUGCCGUCAAUCACUCUCCAGCUUUUACCCCGGUCAACAACGGUCCAUCGAUCAAGCAUGAAAGCGAUAACGGGGUGUCGACGCCCAAAAGUGUUUCUGAGCAUCCCUCUCACUUUACUCCAGUGCCGAACGGGCAUCCUGGACAGCCUGUGAAGCGUGCAAUUAGUCACGACGAAAGUGGCUCGCAGGCUGAGAAUGGGGACGACGGCGGGAGCGGGCGCCGUAGCAAGCGCCUCAAGAAAGACAUGCCCCCAACCGUGGCCGGGUCGCACAUGUCUCUCCUUCGGCCAGCACCACCCAAAGGCCGCAAUGGCGUGCCAAGAACUGGAGAUAAAUGUGAAUCUUGCGGAAAAUCGGACAAUCGCUCCACGAUCCUUGUAUGCGACAGCUGUGAACUUGGCUACCAUACUACCUGUCUGGAUCCUACUACUACGUCGGCUUCCGAUCACGAUUGGCAUUGCCCGAAGUGUCUGGUUGGCACUGGAGAGUUUGGCUUCGAGGAUGGUGGUGUCUACUCGCUCAAGCAGUUCCAAGAAAAGGCCAACGAGUUCAAGAAGCGGUAUUUCGCAUCAAAAAUGCCCUUUGACCCGGUCCUCAACACUCACCGACGGGAGACCGAGGAUGACGUCGAGGCCGAGUUUUGGAAAUUGGUAGUGGAUCUGCAUGAGACAGUCGAAGUCGAGUAUGGCGCCGAUAUUCACUCCACUACCCAUGGCAGUGGCUUCCCCACUAUUGAACGCAAUCCUCUUGAUCAGUAUUCGUCUGAUCCAUGGAAUUUGAACGUUCUGCCAUUCUAUGGUGAUUCGCUCUUCCGUCAUAUCAAGUCUGAUAUCUCUGGCAUGACUGUGCCAUGGGUCUAUGUUGGAAUGUGCUUCUCGACCUUCUGCUGGCACAACGAAGAUCAUUACGCCUACUCUGCGAACUAUCAACACUUUGGCGCUACCAAGACCUGGUAUGGUAUUCCCGGUGCCGACGCCGAGGCCUUUGAGAAUGCUAUGCGCGAGGCAGUACCGGAGCUGUUCGAGGGCCAGCCUGAUCUUCUUUUCCAGCUUGUGACCUUGAUGCCUCCUGACAAGCUCCGCAAGGCCGGCGUCAACGUCUAUGCAGUGGACCAGAGGGCAGGCCAGUUUGUCCUUACCUUCCCUCAGGCCUAUCACGCCGGAUUCAAUCACGGUUUCAACUUCAAUGAGGCCGUCAACUUUGCACCUGCGGACUGGGAGCCUUUCGGCGCUGCGGGAGUCGAGCGUCUUCAGACUUUCCGUAGACAUCCUUGUUUCUCGCAUGACGAGCUACUCUUUACAGCAGCAGCAAGGGACAACUCCAUCACCACUGCGAAAUGGCUUGCACCUGCGCUUGAGCGGACCACCAACAGGGAAUUGAACGAUCGAGCCUUGUUCCUAGCCCGUCAUAGAGAUGCGGUGCCUCAUAACUGUGGUCUUGGGGUCAACCCCCCUACAGGUGACUGUCAACUUAAGCUCGUAGUAGAAGAGGAGGACCUUCCGGAGGACGAUUACCAGUGCCAGCAUUGCAAGGCGUACACUUACCUCACCCAGUUCCGUUGCCACAAGUCAGGCAAGACCCUUUGCCUGAUGCAUGCGGAGGUCUUCGACUGCUGUGGUGAACCCCCAGCACAGAAGCUACUCGGACCUGGACACACGCUUCGCUACCGCAUGAGCGACGACCAGCUCAAGUCGGCAGUGCAGAAGGUCCAGGAACGCGCCAAAAUCCCAGAAAUUUGGGGAGAGAAACUCGACAAGACCUUGGAGGAUGAGCCCAAGCCUCAGCUCAAGGCUCUCCACAAUUUGCUCAGUGAAGGUGAGAAAAUCCCGUACCACCUGCCUGGCCUCCAAGAUCUUGCGGCGUUCGUCCAGCGCUGCGAUAAAUGGGUUGAGGAAGCGAACAACUACAUCACCCGGAAGCAGCAGAACCGGAGAAAGAACGAGAAGGCGUGGCGCAAACCCGGCUCCAAGGCCGCGCAGCUGGACGAGCGCGACCGAGAAGUCCGCAAAGUGGAGAACAUCUACGCCCUACUGGCAGAGGCUGAUAAACUUUCCUUCGACUGUCCACAGAUGGCGGCCCUGGAAGAGAAGACCCGCGAAAUCGAGAAAUUCCGUCAGGACCUUAACCUUGCCCUGAGGAACCCGCAUACGCGAUCAGCUCAGGAGAUUGAGGAGCUUGUUGAAGCUGGCCGAAACUUCAACGUCGAAAUCCCGGAAGUGGAACACCUGGAGAAAAUUCACCACCAAAUGAAGUGGACUGAAGAGGCUGCUCGCAAGCGGGAGCAAUACCUCAGCCUCAAGGAAUGCCAGGAUCUGAUUGCAUCCGGAGAGCAACUUGGUCUCAAGGACAAUAAUGAGCAUUUACUCCAUUUCAAGGAAAUGUCCCGCCAUGGCGACGCUUGGGAAGCCAAGGCCAAGGAGCUGAUGUCCGUUGAAGCGGUUCAUUACCAACAGCUGGAGGCUCUCUCCGCACAAGCCUCUCGAUUUCCAGUGUCCCCUGAUACCCUUGCUGCCGUCGAUGCCAUCUUAACCAAGCAACGGGAAGCACAGAAGAGGAUCCAGACGCUUUAUGAGAAGAGCAAGGACCCGGAGUUAAAGAAUCGUCCCAGGUAUAAGGAUGUUCGUGAGCUCACGGAGUCUCUGGAGCAGCUAAACAGUCGUCCCAUUGGGGCGAUUGACCUGGAACGCGAGCAGAAGCGCCACGAGGAUUGGAUGAGGAAGGGCAAGAAGCUCUUUGGCAAGGCCAAUGCUCCUCUGCAUAUCCUCAAGUCGCACAUGGAGUACGUGGAGAAGCGAAACUCUUACUGCUUCGAUUUGGAGGAUAGCUAUCGACCGCCCGUGGAGCCUUCGUCUCGGGAUAAUACCCCGGAUGGGCUGCUUGAGACUCCCGCCCCUAACGUGUGGGGUCCGAAAUCUCGGAAGCGCGACGUCUUUUGUAUCUGCCGUCACUCCGAAGCUGGAAUGAUGAUCGAAUGCGAAGUCUGUCACGAGUGGUACCAUGGUAAAUGCUUGAAGAUUGCGCGCGGCAAAGUCAAGGAAUUCGACAAGUAUACUUGUCCCAUCUGCGACUGGCGGCAGAAGAUUCCCCGCGAUGCAGCUCGUCCUAAACUCGAGGACCUGCUGGACUGGCAAGCAGAGAUGGCUAGCCUGCCCUUCCAGCCUGAUGAGGAAGAGGUUCUGGAUAGAAUCAUCCAUCAGGCUACUGCCUUCCGUGACUUCCUCCAUGGUUUCACCAAUGCUGCCUGUACUACGACUGAGGAAGUGCCGACGUUGAUUUUCUAUCUACGGAAGAUUGAGGGAGCCGAAGUUCUUCUGGCCUAUGAGACGAACUUCUUCCGCCAGGAGAUUCACAAAUGGGCCCCCGUUGCACCGGAAGCCCCUCCGAUCCUCGAGCAGUCCCUGUCCACGCGCAAGCCGCGCCCGACUAAGCAGCAGAAGAUCAUGGCUCAGCUUGGUGUUGAGCGGCCCGAGGAUCUUCCUGAGCACCUUCGCGCCAAGCAGAUGGCGCCGGGCAAGCGAAAGUCGAUCGACGCGCAAACCUCUCGGCCCACCUCUGUACAGCCAGCGCCAUCACCUUCUAGCAACGGCGCACCCACAACAACUGUGCCGACGUUGACUCCCAUGCCUGAUGCCAAUGGGACGUCGUAUCCUUUCUCUGCCAACUAUUCUCUUCCUGCAAGUGAUUCGACCCCUGCGUUUGCGCCAGCAUCCUCGUCCGCAUUCUUACCAGCUGCUGCGGGCAUGGAACCUCUGUUCAGCCCUCCACGCUUUGGCCGUGAUGCCCAAUUCGCAAGCAGUAGCCCUCGUCCAAAUUUGGAUGAUGUCUUUGCAGAUCUCACAAACCAAGAAGAGGUCGAGCCCGAGUCCGAGCCUAUGGAGAACGUUCAUGCCACCGAAGCCCUUGAGGCUCUGAAUGCUAGCAAUGGCAGCAGCCGUGCUCCAUCACCUAAUGAUGAUGCAGCCCCUAGUGGCGAGGGACAGACCACCACGGCUUCCGCUGCAGAGACGAACGAGAACCCCGAUUCCGAACUAUGA